UUAAUUUCAGAUAAAAAUGCGACGAUUGCGCGCCAAGAAGAAUGUGCAAGGUGAGGACCAGUUAGAUCAGGAUGAAGCAAAGGUGGGUCCCUCUGAAAGCAUUGAAGUAGAAGAAGAGAAAGAAGACAAACAAGAGAAAGAAGAGAUAGAUGAGAAUGAUGAGUAUGAAAACAAACAAGAGGAAGAAGAGAAGAAAGAUGAACAUGAGGAAGAAGAGAUAGAAGACGAACAUGAGGCAGAAGAAAGUAAAGGCGAGGAUGAUGAUCUUUGUAAUGCCAUUGCAGAAAGUUUCAAUGAGGAAGAGCUUGUAGAUCAAGUAAAGGAAGUGGAAGAGAAUGUGCAGAUGGAGGAAGAGGAAAUCCCCGAAACUGUGCAAUCUGAGAUUACAACUUCAGUAGAAGAUAUGCAGGUAUCAGAUGAUGACACUGCUUCAAUGGAGAAGAAUCUAGCAGACAUAUUCUCUGUUCCAGAAGAGGUUGAUGGAGAAGAUGAGGAAGAUGAUGAUGAUGUUCUUGUUUGUCACACCGAGGAUGAAACCUUAGAGGAACUAAACAAAGAAGAGACCGAUACUAAAGUGUCUGAACCCGUGAAGGAGGAAGUUCUUUUGGAUCCUGAAGAUGUCAAGGAUUUACUGAAAUGUCAGGUUUGCUCUGAAGUGUGUGGCCGCGGGGUAUCAACUCCCUGCUGUGGAGCUCAGGCCUGCAGGGCAUGCGCAACAAAAAAGUUGACCGGUAGCAAGGAAUGCUGGGAUUGUAAGAAGACACUGAAAACUGAUUGUCUGAUAAAUGAUGAACCUUUAAGGAAAGCUGUUGUACUAUUUAAAGCCAACGAGAAAAUACCCCAGUCUAUUGUCAACAAAAUAAAGAAUAGAGCAGCUGAGAAGUGUGUAACUGUUGAACCGGGUAAAGUUGAACUCCAACCUAUGCAAACUAAUUUUGAAACCGGGAACACAAAGAUUUAUGUGGCAGUGGUAGUGUUAAAAUCCAUCAACACAUCCGUUGCUUUACAGAUUGGCUGUUUGAAUUCCCGGACUGGAGAAAGCCUGCAUAUUGUGUUCGGUCCAUCUAAGAGUAUUGCCAAUAAGCCCCACACCUUUCUAGAGGCUUUGCACUACAGAAAUUUUGAGAAACCGAUCAAGUUUCAAAAAGAGGAUGGUUCAGAGAAAGGUUGUCUGAGUUUGACAGAUGGUUUGGCAAAUCUUCUAAGUUUCUUGCAGAAAGCCGGUCCUAAACUUUCGUUAGUGAUGUAUACCGAACGAGAACGGGCCCAGCUGGUAGCUGCCGGACGAUCUUGCAAAGAGCUGGCUAAGCUGGCGACCUCUUCAGCUGUUUUAGAAUCCAUGCUUAAGUCCUCCGGCGAUAUGUUCAGGUUUAUGCAGAUCAAAGAACAGGUUUACUCAGCUGAUCGUCUAGCAGGAUUGCUGAGAGAAGUUGUCCAGAAGAAAAAGAUUAAACUUGAAGACGUCAAGUUCAAACCUCUCAAUGAAGGGGGAAAUGCUGGAGGCAAAAUCAACAUUCCAAAAGACACAUUUCUUCUCUUCUCCAACUUGAAACUAUCUGGAACUCAGAUCAAAGACAGCUCAAAAAUUAAGGAGAAUUCCGCCAAAAAAUCCGACCCCAAAUCGACAACGGCAACAACUCCUACGCAAAAAGGCAAUAAACCCGUGGAGGGCAAUGUUGGCAAAGUUGCCCACUUCACAGGGUUAUUCAACUUUGCUACUCCAGUACUGGUGAAGGUUGAAGGAGUAGAGGAGAAUUCCAACAUCAAAUAUGAAAAGGAACACAAUGGCUACAGGGCCUUCAAUACAAGCAAGGUAUUUAGGGUGAAAGACUGCCUCUACACAUUUGUUGUACUACAGCCUGUAUCAUCCAAGUUAAAUAUUCCUGGAUACUUCAAAUUCUACAAGGGGAACGAUUCUUUAGAUAGGCUUAAAACCGGAACCUCUCUGAUCAAGUUUGAGAAAGUACCAGGAAAGGUUGCUCCAGACACUAGACAUGUGAGUUGUAGCUUGAUGUUUCGUGGACCGGAGAAAACCCAACAAAAAUUUAUACGCCUUGAUACUAAAACUCACGGUGUUGACAUUGCUGUAACCAUAAAACCUCUGAAAGGAGGUGGAGAAAUCAAGUUUCUAAAGAAAGGCGAUAUAUUUGCUCUAACAAAGACAGUUAUCAGUUCUGUUAAAGUUAUCAACAAACUAUUCUGUAUUGAUGAGGAUGAUGCUAAUGAGGCAAGGAUUGUUAUACAGGUAGAUGGUCCUGUCACUAUUCCGUAUGGGGCUAAGAUUGGAGAGGUUGUUCUUAUCACGGAGAAGAAUGCUGAGUUGGGAGUUGACACUUCAGCUGCUCAAGUAGCUAACGCAGUCAAAAUGCUAAAGGAUAAGGAUGAAAGAAUUAGAAGAAAAAGAGGUUCAAGAGGCAAGAAUGCUGGAGUGACUGUACGAAAUACUUUAAUCCAAAAGGAAACUGAAAAGAUAAAACCUGGCACGGAUCUCAGGAAACGAUUGAUGGAAAAGAAAAGAGAUACAUAUCCGGCGAAGAAACCAAGGAUGGAGAGAACAGUGGACCAAGAGCAGAUAUGGCGGGAAAGAUCUAGAGAAAUCUUGUCAGCCUACGGUCGUGAAGAUCCUAGGGGUACGGUACCCGGUACAGCCUACGGUAUUGGAGAUCGUAGAGGAUUAACCUACGGAAGGGAGGAACCUAGAGGAUCAGGCUACAGUCGAGGGGAUCCAUGGGGAUCAACAUACAGUCGAGGGGAUUCCAGGGUGAUAGGUUCAGAUGUCCGACCCAACCCUGUUGUUGUAAACCAGCUUGUUGGUGCUAUACUCAAAGUUGCAGGAGGAGUACACCAGAACAGACAACUACAUGAUGUGUACCCGCCAGGACAGUAUGGGUCUGGAAUGGACUGGAUGCGAUCAAUCCCAACUGAGGAAGUAGUUCUAGGAAGUAGUCCCUUUGUACUAAACCAUGGACCAGACUCCCGAGAACGAGGAUAUUCUGCCCGACCCACGAACCCCUACAGCUCCCAAAUAUUGGCUGCAUCUAGAUUAUCAGAGGAUAGAUAUCGCAGGCGCAGCUACGAAGGAGCUCAAAGAAGCAGCAACAUUGAUAAUUAUGAAAAGGAGUAUAGUCGUACUGCCGACCAAGGGUAUGCUCGCAGGAGUAGAUACUAAAGUUAUUCAACAAUAAGUAAAGUCUAGAAAAGUUAACCAGGGUUGCCCUUUUUUUUCAAGAUUUUAAAUAUUGUUCUUUAAAAAAGGUCCUUUUUUGAAAACGCAAACCUGAAAAUUGUGGACAAUUAUAAUUAUACCUUUGGAAAAUUUGAGUACUGAAACAUUUUUUUCAUUAAUCUAUUAAAGACUAGGUCAAGGGCCAAACUUUGCACGUGAAAAAAAAAUCGAAAAAUGAGUGUCCACAAAAAAAUUAGCCCAUUCGGCCCAGCAGUUUGGCCGGAUUUAGGCAACUUCUAUAAAAAGAUGUCUUGUUUUAUAAUGAAGAUGUAUGCAUUAUAUAAUUCAACCCCGGCUUUAUGUUAUAAAUUAGAAUUGUAAAACGCCCUCACUUUAUUCAUAGUUAUUGUUGUUCACAUUUUGAUUUUUGUCUGUUCCAGAAGUUGUGUAAUGUUUUUGUUUCAGAA